ACUGCCGGCCGAAAGGUGGUACUGGGCGCCAGGCCCUUGUAGGCUGCUCUGACCGCUCGCUCUCGCUCGCCCGCCCGUUCGCCCGCGCCUGGCCCGAUGUUACGCCGCCGAACGCACCGACCCCGCCCCAGGCCGCCAGCCCGCAAAUUGGCGCAAGGAUAUUUCUCUGGAAGCUGACAGCUAUAUUGUGGUCGUGUAUACAAGUUCGGUUAGGUCACUGCUUGAAGCUACAGUUGCUGAGAUGAGCCUGGAUGUUUUCUUCUGGUGGGGAAACGUCGCUCGGUCUGUUUGACUAUGCGUCACAAUUUUGAUAAUGGCACGCAUUGGGAGCGGCGGAGUCCGAGUCACAAGUCAUAUAGACUGUCUGGUACUGCAGAUGGAAUUGGCCGCAAGCUGCACUCUCCACCGCUCCCAAUGCAGUGUCUCGGGGGCCCGCUGAGUUCUGUCGCUGCCGUGUCGGCCGUUCUGAGCGUUCAUGCAGGCGAUGGCCCUGACCGGAGGUCCAUGUGGCGACUGCGACGGACGUCGCGCGGGGGACACCAGGCGCCGCAGCUGGAGGUGCGUCUGGCGGCGCGCCCAGCCACGCCAACAGGUGCUCUGGACUCCGCCCUGCGUCAUACCGCCAGGGCGCUCUCGCCGUAGACGUCAUGGUGUUUGGGGAGUGGAUGGGCGACCUGGCUUGGUCAUUUCCAUUUUCAACAUUUGAUCACGGUUCUACAAAACGUGUGCAGUUUAUGCUUGUAUUCACAAGAAGUUAGCAUACCAAAUUCUAGUGACAUUUGACUAAUUGUACCAGAGGAAAAACCAUGCCUGAUGUGUUUUAAGUGCUUGCACACUUCAUCCAAUGGCUAACUGAAUAUUCCUCCAAAUUAAUUUUGCUGGCACUGUUUAAUAACCCUUUCUGAUUCAAAGAUUGGUCUUUCCAGGACUGAUUGGUCACUUUGGGAAAGUAUGGAUAGCAAAUGUACAGGUAUUUGCUAAGUUGAUGUUUUGGGUAGAGUUCAGAGAGCAUUGGCAUAAUUUGCAAUGCUGUCUUUCACUGUGAUCCUACAAAAUUCAGGCACCAGGCUGAUUGGUUUUGAAAGUUUCAUAUGUCUUGUCUACUUUUGACAUCUACCAAAGCCACAUCUAUCUUGGAUAGCAAACAUUUUGUUUUGCAUGGGUGCUGUGGUCAGAACCAUUUGUUUUUAGUUGGUGUCUUGUUUGGGUACAAAUGAUGGAUUGGUAAAACAACUGCCAUCUUGUACAUGAUCAGUUCAUGCAUUUCAUGCAUAGUGUUCAUCCUGUUCCCUGCAGUUUUGCUUCCUUUUUGCAUUCUCCUUAUUGUUUUGUUUCAGUUUAUCAGACAUUCCAGUGGUUUUCAUUGUUAUUUGUCCGCAGUACCUGUGAUUGCUUGGCUGAUUUUUGUUUCUUGUUGCCUUGUCUGCUCCAUUCCCAUCUUCUCUUGGACGAGUGCUGCUGUAUGUUGACAAAGAUGCCACAUAGUCAAGUUUGUGAAACAUGAUGCUGAUGUGCACCAUGAAUAUUAAUGGUUACAUGUACUCAGAUCAUCCAUCCUCAGUUGCACUGAACUACACUUGACAGGGCAUAUACCUGGAUCUACAUAGGAGCCUCAAUCUGGGGGAAACUGGGGACAUCCCAAUAUUGACUAGAUGGGCAUAUGUCCUUUCCUGGCAUUGGACCAGUAUGCAGUGCAAGCAUGACACUGGUAGCUUCUUUGCAACAAUGAUUGCUAAGCAAUAAUGGUUACAGGGGUUUGUUGCAAAUUACAUAUCCAUGGUGGCUAUUGUCAGUCAUGAGAAAUGAAGUGUUCAUUCUGUGAGGAAUCUGUAUCUUAAUACCUGAUGAAGAAGGCCAGGGAAGGUAUUGUAAGAACAGUAAAAGCACCAGGAAGAGCAGGCAAGCAACUUCUAGUAAUAGGAUGAGGUGUGCUGGUUUUGUCCAUAGGCAGUCUUUAUCAAUAUAGGUCACUUCAUUUAAAAAAGUCAAAAAAUCCUGAAAAUAAAUCCUUAGCUCACACAAUAUUUCAUGCAUGUGUUGCCUAUCCUUGCUUCGGCAUGCUGUGUCAUCCAGUAGUUUUUUCUGGUCAGUAGUUUUUUCCAGAACCCACCAGCAGUGCUGGGCAAAUGAUAAAAAAGUAUAAUGAUGAGGCUCAAUUGUACUGUAAAGAUACAGUUCAAACAUGCGAAUUACCAUUGUGGCAACUAACAUUGAUGUUUUGUUUGUCAGCUUUGCUAUUGGGGCAGCAUCUGCAGUCAAUUAAAUGUUAGCAUGUUAACAUCACAUCAAAUUGCAAAAUUUGUUGGUGUAAUCUGUCUUUGCAGGGUUGUGUGUUGGUCCCUAGCUUGGAGGUCUGUCACAGCGUUUCCAUGGCUGUGACGUUUUUGUUCAAUGGGUCUGAGCUGCCGGUGAGAUAUUUGCUGCAUGUCACGGCGAAAGUUAGGUAGUGUGGUUCUUUUCUGUCAGUUGGCAAUGUUCAAUGCAACCCAAUAUGUCUUGCUUUUGUGAAGAAGUCAUUUGGGGUAGGGUUGAAAAUCAGGUUUGUUGCUUAGCUGUUUGGCCAAUGUUCGUUCCAGGGCUCCUCCUGAGUUACAUAGGAGACAACAUCCCAUCUGCUUAGGCUGGCGGACGCGUCUAUGGCAAUGUUAGGCGUGCUGUGGGUCGAUAGGUGCUGUCGGCCGGACCCAUGCCACUGCGCCCACAGUACUGCUGUCCUAAGGAACGCCAUGAACGACGCGCUGCGCACCAACGUGUUCAUCCGGUACAGUCCGGAGACAGUGGCGGCCGCCUGCAUCUACCUGGCGGCGCGCGUCAAGCGCGUGCCGCUGCCCAGCCGGCCGCACUGGUUCCACGUGUUCGGCAUGGACGAGGCCGACCUGCGCGACAUCGCCACCGCCAUCAUGCGCCUGUACGGGCGCUCCAAGCCGAACGCCGACCAGCUGGAGCGGGCCGUGGAGGAGCUGCGCGCGCGCCAGCAGGAGCAGCGGCUCAAGAACAAGCUGUUGUCGGGCACCAACACGCCGCUGGGGACGGGCAACAACUUCAGCCCGCUGGCGUCGCACAACGCCUCGCCGGCUGAGCAGCGGCCGGGCGCCGCCGGCUCCGGCGGCCGCGACACGCCCAACGGCGACGCCAAGCUCAACAAGGAAAACAUCGCCGCCGCCGCCGCCGCCGCGGUCGCCAAACGCACCGACAGUUCAAGAUCGCGUUCGUCGAAUGAAGAUGAUGACCGCCGCAAACUGAAGUCAAAGAACCGCAGGGAGCGCUCCCACCACCGGUCGCGCUCGCGUUCGCCGGUCGAGAAGCGCCGCCGCCACUCGUCCACGCCUGACCGCCACAGGAACAAGCACAAGAAGGACAAGGAGCGCAGCCGCGACAAGCACCGGCGCCGCUCGGCCGAGCGCGAGCGCGCGCGCACGCGCUCCCGCUCGCCGGCCCGCUCCAAGUCGAAGCACGAGCGGUCGGAGCGCAUGCCGCCGCUGAGCGGCGGCAAGCGCGAGCGGCGCGCCGGCUCGCAGGAGCGCCACAAACAGGCCAAGAAGCGCGGCUACGAAAACAACCACAAGCGCCGCUGACGGCCGACGGCGGUCGGGGAGCGCGGGCGCCGGGCGGCCCAGGGCGGGGCCGCGGCGUAAACAGUAGUGCACUGGCUUGAGGGGCGGCGUGCAUGCGGGUCUGUGUGUGUAUAUACGUGUACUGUACUGUACUGCCGGCUGCAGUGUUGCCAUUGUGAUCCAUUCUGAAGUGUGCCGAGUGUUCAUCGCCGGGCGUAAUUAGGCACCAGUAUUCACGCCCAUCAGUAGCGUGCCUAGAUCAUGUCACAAUCAUCCGAUCAUCCCAGUGUAAGUGUACUUGUGAAGGCGAUCCCGCCAGCGAUAGGCAUUUAUCGUCGAACCAUGUACUUGUCAAAAUGUAUCUCAAUACAUGACCAUGUGUAA